UUCCGGGAGUCGAUCUCAGGUUUUCAAGAAUGUCCCCUAGAGACCCAGUUUCUUUUCUAUGUAAUUACCAGAGCUUUCAGAGUAGCCUUGCUUUUCUCACUUUUCUCGUUCUCAUUGAUAUGGUCAUGGAAUGGGUACCUGUUUGAUCUUGCUGCACUGCUGGGAAAUCUCCAUUUUGGGCGAGAGGCUUAGGUCCAGGCUGAGGCCAGCUGUUGAGGCCUGGUGAAAAAAAAUCAGGUGCAAUAAUGUUGUGCAGUAAAAAGAAAUCACUUGAAGUGGAACGGAUAGUAAAAGCCAAUGACCGUGAAUAUAAUGAGAAGUACCAGUACACAGAUAAUCGUAUCCACACAUGCAAGUACAACAUUCUCACCUUCUUGCCCAUUAAUUUAUUUGAACAGUUUCAAAGAGUGGCAAAUGUGUAUUUCCUUUUCCUUCUGAUUUUACAGCUGAUUCCAGAAAUUUCCUCCUUGACCUGGUUUACCACCAUUGUACCUUUGGUCCUGGUGGUAACUAUGACAGCUGUCAAAGAUGCCACAGAUGAUUAUUUUCGCCACAAGAGUGAUAAUCAAGUGAAUAAUCGGCAAUCUGAAGUGCUCAUUGACAGCAAACUGCAGAAUGAAAAAUGGAUGAAUGUCAAAGUGGGAGACAUCAUUAAAUUAGAAAAUAACCAGUUUGUUGCUGCUGAUCUGCUUCUCCUAUCAAGUAGUGAGCCACAUGGCCUCUGUUAUAUUGAAACUGCUGAACUUGAUGGGGAAACGAACCUUAAAGUGCGCCAUGCGCUAUCAGUUACCUCAGGACUUGGAGCAGAUAUUAGCAGACUUGCAAAGUUUGAUGGGAUUGUUGUCUGUGAGGCGCCUAACAACAAACUAGAUAAAUUCACCGGAGUCCUCUCUUGGAAGGGCAGCGAGCACUCCCUCAACAAUGAGAAGAUAAUCCUGAGGGGCUGUGUCCUGAGAAAUACCAGCUGGUGUUUUGGAAUGGUUAUUUUUGCAGGUCCUGAUACUAAACUAAUGCAGAACAGUGGUAAGACGAAGUUUAAGAGGACAAGCAUUGAUAGACUGAUGAAUACUCUAGUACUAUGGAUUUUUGGGUUUCUGAUAUGCUUGGGAAUUAUUCUUGCAAUAGGAAAUUCAAUCUGGGAGAAUCAAGUUGGGGACCAAUUCAGAACUUUCCUCUUUUGGAAUGAAGGAGAGAAGAACUCUGUGUUCUCAGGAUUCUUAACAUUCUGGUCAUAUAUUAUUAUUCUCAACACAGUUGUACCAAUUUCUUUAUAUGUGAGUGUGGAAGUAAUUCGUCUGGGACACAGUUAUUUUAUAAACUGGGAUCGGAAGAUGUAUUACUCUGGGAAGGCAACACCUGCUCAAGCUCGGACGACCACGCUCAAUGAGGAACUAGGCCAGAUUGAAUAUGUUUUCUCUGACAAAACGGGUACCCUCACUGAAAACAUCAUGACUUUUAAAAAAUGUUCCAUUAAUGGGAGAAUCUACGGCGAAGUACAUGAUGUCCUGGGUCAGAAAACAGACAUGACUAAGAAAAAAGAGGCUGUGGGUUUCUCAGUCAACCCCGAAGCUGACAGAACAUUUCAAUUUUUUGACCACCAUCUGAUGGAAUCUAUUAAAAUGGGUGAUCCCAAAGUGCAUGAAUUCCUUAGGUUACUUGCACUCUGCCACACCGUAAUGUCAGAGGAAAAUAGUGCAGGAGAGCUGAUUUACCAAGUUCAGUCACCCGAUGAAGGGGCUCUAGUGACUGCUGCAAAAAAUUUGGGGUUCAUUUUUAAGUCUCGGACCCCAGAGACAAUAACAAUAGAAGAAUUGGGAACACUAGUUACUUAUCAAUUGCUUGCCUUUUUGGAUUUCAACAAUUUCAGAAAAAGGAUGUCUGUCAUAGUUCGAAACCCAGAAGGACAGAUAAAGCUUUAUUCCAAAGGAGCAGACACUAUUCUGUUUGAAAGACUUCAUCCAUCCAACGAAGACCUCCUGACCUUGACGUCAGACCAUCUCAGUGAAUUUGCAGGAGAAGGCCUUCGAACCUUGGCCAUCGCAUACAGAGAUCUGGAUGACAAGUACUUCAAAGAGUGGCACAAGAUGCUUGAAGAUGCAAACGCUGCCGUAGAUAAGAGGGAUGAACGGAUAGAAGGGCUGUAUGAAGAAAUCGAAAGGGAUUUGAUGCUACUAGGUGCAACUGCUGUAGAAGAUAAGUUACAAGAGGGUGUUAUUGAAACGGUUACAAGCUUAUCACUAGCCAAUAUUAAGAUCUGGGUCCUAACAGGAGACAAACAAGAAACUGCCAUCAAUAUUGGCUAUGCCUGCAACAUGCUGACUGAUGACAUGAAUGAUGUGUUCAUCAUAGCAGGGAACACAGCUGUGGAGGUCAGAGAAGAACUCAGGAAAGCAAAGGAAAAUUUGUUUGGACAAAACAGAAGUUUUUCCAAUGGCCAUGUAGUUUUUGAAAAAAAGCAGCCGCUGGAGUUGGACUCAGUUGUAGAAGAAACCGUAACAGGGGAUUAUGCCUUAAUCAUAAAUGGCCACAGUUUGGCCCAUGCUCUAGAAAGUGAUGUCAAGAACGAUCUUCUAGAACUUGCCUGCAUGUGUAAGACUGUGGUUUGCUGCCGAGUCACCCCUCUCCAGAAAGCUCAAGUAGUAGAGCUGGUGAAGAAGCACAGAAAUGCUGUCACUUUGGCCAUAGGCGAUGGAGCCAAUGACGUCAGCAUGAUCAAAAGUGCUCACAUUGGUGUCGGCAUCAGCGGCCAGGAAGGACUGCAGGCAGUCCUAGCCAGCGACUACGCAUUUGCACAGUUUAGAUACCUCCAAAGGCUUCUCCUUGUUCAUGGAAGGUGGUCCUAUUUCCGAAUGUGCAAAUUCUUAUGCUAUUUCUUCUAUAAGAAUUUUGCAUUCACACUUGUGCAUUUCUGGUUUGGUUUCUUCUGUGGUUUCUCAGCCCAGACUGUCUAUGACCAGUGGUUCAUUACCCUUUUUAACAUUGUCUACACAUCACUGCCUGUUUUAGCCAUGGGGAUUUUUGACCAGGAUGUUAAUGACCAGAAUAGCAUGGAUUGUCCCCAGCUCUACAAGCCUGGACAGCUGAAUCUACUUUUUAACAAGCAUAAAUUUUUCAUCUGCGUGGCACAUGGAAUCUACACCUCAUUAGCCCUUUUCUUCAUCCCAUAUGGGGCCUUUUACAACGUGGCUGGAGAAGAUGGACAGCACAUUGCAGACUACCAGUCUUUUGCAGUGACCAUGGCCACGUCUUUGGUCAUUGUGGUCAGUGUGCAGAUAGCCUUGGAUACCAGUUACUGGACUAUCAUUAAUCAUGUCUUCGUCUGGGGCAGCAUUGCCACUUAUUUCUCCAUUUUAUUUACCAUGCACAGUAAUGGCCUCUUUGGCAUCUUCCCAAGGCAGUUUCCAUUUGUUGGAAAUGCACGACAUUCCUUGACCCAGAAGUGCAUCUGGCUUGUUAUUCUCUUAACGAUAGUGGCUUCAGUUAUGCCUGUGGUGGCAUUCAGAUUUUUGAAGGUGGAUUUAUUCCCAACCCUGAGUGAUCAGAAAAGGCUUUACACUUCACAAAGUGGCCCACUGUGUGGAGUCUAUAUCAUCUGGAUGCUUCAUCUCACUCUGGGUCUCCUUUGUCUCCAGAUCCGCCAGUGGCAGAAGGCUCAAAAGAAGGCAAGACCCCUGCGUAGCCGAAAGCCUCAGACUCGGAGAUCAAGCUCGAGAAGAUCUGGAUAUGCUUUUGCUCACCAAGAGGGCUAUGGAGAGCUUAUCACAUCUGGAAAAAAUAUGCGAGCUAAAAAUCCACCCCCGACAUCAGGGUUGGAAAAGACACUGUAUAAUAGCACUAGCUGGAUUGAAAAUUUAUGUAAGAAAACCACAGACACAGUGAGCAGCUUUAGCCAGGAUAAAACAGUGAAACUGUGAGUCAAGAUGAAUUUGAACCACACAGUUAUCUUUUCACUUCGGCUGGAGCUGAAAUUAGCUGGCUCCAGAGUUUAAGAUCAGGGGUUAGGGGUGGGUCAGAUGGCCUCGCUUAACCUAAACCUGUGUCAGACAGUGGCCAGUGCCAUCCAAUAGAGAUGUGCUCUACUGAAAACCAGGUCCGAGGUCACUGUCCAAUUCAUGAGUUGGUGGACAAAACCCUCACAAUACCAGCACAAGGUUUUUUUUUAAUCAACCUAGAUACCAAUCGAUCUGUACUUUAGAAUCUUAUUUAUGGAGAAACACUUGUAAAUCUGCAUAUACAGAGAAUGGGUCUUCAGGUGAAUAAAAGGGUGCAUUCACAAGGUAUAUAUCCCAGCUGAAAAGCAUCUUUGUGACAGAUUAACGCUUAUAUGUAAGAUCAGCCAUUCCCAAGAUACACUUUUAAGAUUUAAAAGGUACACAGUGUACACUAAGGUGCUUCCAGACUUACAGCAGCUUGUCACUGUCCAGUCUUGAUCCCUACCUGUGUGUUCAGCCAGGACAACAAAUCACCUUCAUGCCUGAAGAGCAGAAAAACAUGUUGGUAUUCCACAUUUUUCUACUAGUCUAGAGACAAAGUAGACUGAACAUCUUUACAGUAGAAUAGGCUGACAAUUUGGUCAAAUUUAUUCAAAAAAUUCUCAGGGACAUGUUCAUGAAAUGUCAAAGAGAGACUCUGGAAAGUAUUCUAAAUACUUUUCAAUGACUUUUAUAACAACUUCAGUAGUUAUUUUCUCUGCCUCAUCUACAGCUAUUAAUGGACUCAGCAAAGCACUGGAAUUUCACACUUUGAUGAUACUAUUCCAUGUAAUGUAUGUGCAAAUAUUUUCAACAUAUCCAGUUUUUAAAAGUUCAGAUUUGAAACCAAACAAUUUAAUAAACAGUCUUUUUAAUUACUUAUUUAAAUAUGCAGGUUUAGGUCAUUCAGAGUUAGUUGGUUUUGAUAUUCAGCUGUCAUAUUUAUAAUUCAAACACAUGAGGUUGAUUUUUUGGAGAUGUUCCAGUCCAAAUUUGAGUCCAUAUGUGAGUCAUCAGUAUAGUGUCUGUAAAAGAAUUCAAGCAUAUUCGUGUUCAAACUCCAGUUCUGUCACUCCUUACCUCUGUAAGCUUGGGCAGGUAAUGUGCUUCCUCUGAGACUCAGUUUCUUCCUCUGUAAAAUGAGGAUAUACUACCUACCUCAUGUGGUUGUUCGAGGAUUGUCAAAGCACAAAUUCUUAAAUCAUUGAAAACAUAAUUCUCAUGUGAAUAGACGAUGAGUUAAGUGCCAUUUAACUCAAUCAGAAUACAAGAGCAAAUGUGAAGAACUGGAAUUUAAGUAAUCAGUGGAAAAGGCAUUGAUGAAAUGAGAUUGCAAAGUAGGAUCUAAAACUGGUUAGUAUUCUAAAGGGAAAUAACCUUGGAGGUAUUUUUAUAUAGUAACUAUAACCUUGUAGGUAAAUUUCUCUAUCAGAAAACAAAAAUAAAUGAUCAUCAUGCCUUAUCAAUUUUCUAUAAAUCAUACUUCAACUUUACAGAAUCCUUAAUCUGGUCUUUAUUGCAUUAUUAGUCAAAGUUAUAUUUCCCAAAAGAGUCAGAUGGCCCUUGGGUGGGCUUGACGGAUAAUGGGCUAACAUGAUAUUAUGGCUCACACAAUCCUUUGUUUUGUUUUUUUUUUUUGGCCUUAAUUUCCAAGUCUGGGAUAACUUUUCCUGAAUGGGAUCAAAUGAGAUAUAUAUAAAAGAGCCUAAUACAGUGGUUUAAUCAUAGUUAAUGCUUUUAGAUAUUCCCUGUUCUCCUACGUGCCUGCAUAGACUUAACUAGAUGUUAGUUUUCAGUGUCUAAUUUGUCAUUAGUUUCACUGCGUUGUAACAUUUUUGAAAGAUUUGCAAACUUUUACUAAAUAUUUUGGCACUUGUGG